AUCUUUAUCCGAACGAAAUUCCCUCCCUUUGUUUCUUCUGCACUUUCGUUCAUUUUCUCUCUCCCGCUUUUUUAUUUUCUCACUUCCCAAACAACCCACCAACUCACCCAGAUCUCUCCCUCUCCACUGCAAUCCAUGAAGCGCCGACUUCCCUUCUCUUCCACGAACCCUCCUCCAUUCGCUCCCACCGCCGAUUACCACCGCUUCGUCUCCGACCACCGCCAUCCACCACCUCACACCGACGCCGAAGCUGUGGUCGUCAACUCCCCUAUGCCUAUAUCAGGAAAGAUAAGGAAGUCAAGCAAAGCCUCUAGACCUACAAAAUGCAAUAGGAGCAAGAGAUUUGAACCUCAAACUCCAGGCUCAAUCUUAGGUUCUCCUUCAGGCAAUAAUUUAGCUCUUGCUGGUUCAUGUCGUUAUGACAGCUCUUUAGGUCUGUUGACAAAGAAGUUCAUCAAUUUGAUCAAACAAGCUGAGGAUGGUAUUCUUGAUCUGAAUAAUGCUGCUGACACAUUAGAGGUACAAAAGAGGAGGAUAUAUGAUAUAACAAAUGUUCUUGAAGGGAUCGGCCUUAUAGAAAAGAAGCUUAAGAACAGAAUUCAAUGGAAGGGCCAGGAUGUUUCAAGACCAGGGGAGGCUAAUGAUAGUUUUGCUAGUAUACAGGCUGAAGUUGAAAAUCUUACAAUAGAGGAGCACCGUUUAGAUGAGCACAUAAGAGAGGUGCAAGACAGACUAAGGGAUCUUAGUGAAGAUGAAAACAAUCAAAAGUAUCUUUUUGUGACUGAGGAAGAUAUGCAGACCUUGCCUUGCUUCCAGGAUAAAACCCUGAUAGCAAUUAAAGCCCCACAUUGCACCACUUUGGAGGUCCCUGAACCUGAUGAGGCUGUUGAUUAUCCCCAGAGGAGAUUCAGGAUAGUCCUGAGAAGCACAAUGGGUCCAAUAGAUGUAUACCUUAUUAGUCAAUUUGUGGAAAAGUUUGAAGAGAUUAGGGGUGUUGAUGUGGCACCCACUCUUCCAUCCAGUCCAGAGUUUAACAAGCAUCAACCAAUAGUGGUCUCAGAGGAUAUAGGGAGUGACCAAGAAAUGCAAGCACAAGAUGUUAAUGGGACUAGGUCAGAUUUACCUACUUCACAGGACUUUGCCAGUGGGAUCAUGAAGAUUGUUCCUUCAGAUUUUGAUAGCGAUACUGAUUACUGGCUUUCAUCUAAUGCUGAUGUUAGCAUAACAGACAUGUGGAAAACAGAACUUACAGCAGGUGUUGAAUGGAAUAAUCUGUACACAGUUCAAGAAGAUUAUUGUAUGACUCAUGCGAGCCCACCACCACUGAACGUAAACGAAGUGCCUUUGGUAUCUAACACAACUGCAGGUUGAUGUUUACAAGGAUGUUUCAUGAUGAUGCUUUAUCAUUGUUUCUCCAAGAAGCUCGUCUGAGGAGCUAAGAGUGGCACUCAACUGCUUCAUUGUACAGUGAAUGAUCAUAUUACAUAAUCCCAGCUACCACCCUGUGGUUCAAAAUAAAAAGCUUGCGGCUUUGGUGAAUCAGUUCUUGUAUAUUAUUGUAAUUGUAAUUCUUGUUUUUCUGGAGAACUAUGCUCGAUUUGCACCUCGCUCAACUUUAUUAAUCUGUUCAUUUUCUUGAGUUGCAAUGUGCGGCUUUGUUAGCGAAAUUGUAAAGUAGUUUCAUCUUGGAUUGUUAUUCACCUAUUCUGUUGAGAAAAGGGAGUAAUAUACUAUCACAAGGAAAAAAGUUCAAUGCAUCAUCUGUUAUCAUUUUGUAAACUUA